AUGAUUGAAUACGCGAAGCAAAACCAAAAGUUUGCUUCAAUUGAAUACCUGUUGGAAGACAUGAGUAAACCCUGGGAUGGACUGAGUGUCCGACUGCGGGCACUGGAGGGGAAGGUCUCACUUAUAUUCACAAACUCAACACUAAUGAUGAUUCAAAACAAGAGACAAUUUGUGCGCAAUUUAAGCACAAUUAUGGCAAACAAUUCACGCGCUUUCAUCUCAUUUGUCAUGACUUUGGAUCUGAACUCAAAACUCAGUCAUAAAGAGAGGAUUGAAUGCGAAAAGUGGGUAAAAGUACCCAAAUAUGAGCAACAGGUACACAACUGGACCGAUCUAUUCCUAAACAAUGGCUACACCAUUGAAAUGACAGAAAUAAAGGACUACUUCUAUGACUUUAAAAUAGAGUACGCGAAGAUAACCCUCCCAAUGCUGGAGAAGCUGUACGCCGGGUAUUGUAUGCAGGGAUGUGGUGUUGAAGGCAUGUCCGAUGAGAUGAGACAGCGAUUUAAGGAGCAGAUGAGCGAUCAGAUAAUUAACGCCCGGAGCCCUACACUCGACAGAUGCCUACUGUCUCGUGGAUUGAGCGGAGGUUUGGGGGAAUCGGUUGAAAUGUUUUACAAAAUAGCGUUCAUUAUUGUGCGCAAGAAUGGCACCAAUUAA